CCUACAUCCACAACUACAUCUCAGCAAAAUUAUCCUUCUGGCUAUUAAGUAAAUACUUCCAAAUCUCCUGGUUUCAUUACUCAUUCCAAACUAAUAUCAAUGUCUUCCAACAAGGCUUUCCUCGCGUUGCUACUGUUGGCACUUGUGGCUGCAACAGCUCAUGCUCGUGUGGACUUUGUGGGGCUUUUUAAUAAUGGUCCUUCUCCCUAUUGUCCUCCUCCUGGACCAACGGUAUGUGGAAGCUGUGAGUGCACCGGGGAAGCUGGGAAUUUGGUGUGCAUUCGUAGUGACUCGAGAAAAGGAAAGUGUCCGUUAAACUGCAGUGGAGGUUGCGCUUGCGAUAGGUCUCUGUGCCCCCGUUGUUGGUGCUCGUAUGAGGUCCAGGCAUGCCCAAAAAUCUGCCCAUCCACUAGCACCACAGCCGAAGCCAAGUUUGAGGAUCUUCUUGCUUUCAAGACAGAUUAAGUUGUAAUCGGUACUGAUGUCGUGUUUCAUCCUUAGUUGUCUUUUCUAUGUAUCCAAUCCAUGCUUACUAUGUUGUUUCAAUCACUUGUGUUGAGGCUUCUACGAAAAUGUGUAAGCUUGUCUUUUAAAUAAAAUGUAGCGUUGCUUUCACCUA